AUGAACAAAGUUUUAAUCGCUUACUUGUUUGCCUUCGCUUUAGCUGCCCCACAACUUGUUGGUAAGAAUGAAUUAGUCGUUAGAGAUGUGACUACUGUCUUAACCGUUCAAGUUGAACAAACCAUCACUGCCACUGUUCCAGAUAGUACUGUAGAUACUGCCGCUGCCGUUGUCACUGAAACUGACACUGCCGCUGGUACUGAAACUGGUGCUGCCACUGAAACCACCACUGUUGCCACUCAAGCUGGUACUGAAACUUCUCCAGCUGGUGCUGAAACUACAGUUACUGAAACUCCAGUCACCACUGUCCCUCCAAUUACCACUGUUGCAACUGGUGGUGCUGCUAUUCCAGUUGGUUCUGUUGCUGCCUUAGCUUUGGUUGCUUUGGGUAUGGUUGGGUUUUAA